GCAGAUGUUGCCGGGAGAGACCGUGCUGCUGCAACAAUUGACAGGACCCAGCUUGGAUCACAAAUAGGAUCAGUGCGCAUGCUCUCGCUGUGCCACUUACUGUAUAUUCACUGUGAAAAAAGAGAACAGGCAACAAAACCAAGCUUUUUACAGCAAAGUGGAUCCUGCAAUACAAAUAACAUCAGGGGAAACAGAGACAAACUCAACAGGGGUUUGGUUGUGAUGAAACAAAAGAACAAAGGAUGGCUUAGAAGAACGACAGCUUCCAGUCCUGGAUUGUAUUUUAAAGCACAUAUAUGGAUCUGUCUCCUCCUUGUGAAUCUAGAUCAUGAUACUUGACUGAGGCUAUCUUAUUAUUCAUCCAUCUAUGGCGAACUAUAGUCAUGCAGGUGACCACAACAUCUUGCAGAAUCUUUCCCCUCUUACGACUUUUCUCAAACUGACUUCCCUUGGCUUCAUCAUUGGGGUUGGCAUGGUUGGUAACCUCCUGAUAUCCAUCUUAUUGGUCAAAGACAAGACCUUGCACAGAGCUCCCUACUACCUUUUACUUGAUCUUUGUGGUUCAGAUAUACUCAGAUCCGCAAUUUGUUUCCCAUUUGUGUUCACUUCAGUUAAAAAUGGUUCAUCGUGGACAUAUGGAACACUUACAUGUAAAGUGAUUGCCUUCCUGGGUGUUUUGUCUUGCUUUCAUACUGCCUUUAUGCUGUUUUGCAUCAGUGUGACUCGAUAUCUAGCCAUAGCUCAUCACCGUUUCUAUAUGAAAAGGCUGACGUUUUGGACCUGCUUGGCUGUCAUUUGUAUGGUGUGGACUCUUUCCGUGGCUAUGGCGUUUCCACCAGUCUUGGACGUGGGUACCUACUCCUUUAUCAGAGAGGAAGACCAGUGCACUUUCCAACAUCGCUCCUUCAGAGCCAACGACUCACUGGGAUUUAUGCUACUUCUAGCCCUAAUACUUCUCGCCACCCAGCUUGUCUACCUCAAGCUUAUUUUUUUUGUCCAUGAUCGCAGGAAGAUGAAACCAGUCCAGUUUGUACCAGCCGUCAGCCAGAACUGGACUUUUCAUGGUCCAGGGGCCAGUGGCCAGGCGGCUGCAAACUGGUUAGCUGGCUUUGGAAGAGGCCCUACUCCACCGACCCUGCUGGGAAUAAGACAAAACACCAAUACAACAGGGAGAAGACGGCUCCUCAUUUUGGAUGAAUUUAAAACUGAAAAAAGGGUUAGCAGGAUGUUCUACAUUAUGACGUUUUUUUUUCUUACUUUGUGGGGCCCCUAUCUUGUAGCAUGCUAUUGGAGAGUGUUUGCCAGGGGGCCCGUGGUGCCAGGGGGGUAUCUGACAGCUGCAGUCUGGAUGAGUUUUGCCCAGGCUGGAGUCAAUCCAUUUAUCUGCAUUUUCUCCAACAGAGAGUUGAGGCGCUGUUUCAGCACAACACUCCUUUACUGCAGAAAAUCCAGGUUACCUAGGGAACCCUACUGUGUCAUAUGAGGGCUUUGUUGAUUGAGCUCUGGUUUGCCCUGUAUUUGACAGUGUUCCCCCUCAACAGCCAAAAGUGUACUGUCGAUCGCUCACAUCAAAAUAUGAGAGAAGGAGGGUGCAGUAAAUGUGAGAAUUCGCUGAACUGCACAAAAUGAAGCGUCUUGGAGAAGGACAGUGUUUAUGUUAACUUGUAAGUAAGCCACCAAUGUGGAAGCUUGUUUAAAAAAAAAAAAAAAAAGACUUGAAUAUCUUUUCGUUGGAUCUAUGAAGAAGUUUGGAGUAAAAGCAGCAAAUGGUUGUCUCCAGCAAGUCAAUGAAUAUUGUUUGUUUUACAUCUUAAAAAAGAAAAGUUGCACUAAAAAAGAAGAUAUCAAGACAAAUAUGUGUUUAAUAAUUGCAUUGUAAGGAUAUCUUUGGUUUGCCUAAACAAAACAAUACUUUAUGUUACAACAGAGCUUUCGUUUCAUUUGCUGUAUUAUUAUAGUAAAACAAGGUUUAUCAGUGUGGCCGACAUCAGUGUUGGACUGCACCAACACAAGAGGCAUUUGAAUUAAAUGUAAGUGUGUUCUUUUUAUUGGGCGGGGGGGGGGGGGGGGUAUUGUGCUUUAAAGUUAUAUUCAGACUUGUUGAUGGCCGUUUGUUACUCAUAUUAAUAUUUCCCUACUGACUGACAUGAUAUUAUUUUCUUUAUAAUUUCAACAGUAAAAAAAAAAAAGCAUAAAUAUGGGUUACAACUUAGCAAAUCCCUUUUUCUGAGCAAGCCACCAGAUAGCAGUUGAUAAGACACUCAUCACUCUCAAUAGGAACCAAUGUAGAUUGCGUCAUUGUCUGAUUCUUGUGGAGGUAUUGUUUCCGUACAGUAAAUGAAUACUAUCUGUUAUCUAGUUAGGGUUAAUUCUGAAAGGUGUGAAAUAUGUCCCUGGUGUAUCUGAAUCUGCACAGUCAGUGCACACAAAUCAGUGACCUCAUUUUUGUAAAAGUCUGCUCCCCACCCAAAACCAUAAGGAGCUUAUGUGCGUGUAUUAUAUAUUUUGGACAGUUGUCACGUUGAGACCAGAGCCUUAGUAUGAAAUCUUGCACAAUUUGUAAAAUAUGUAUUGUAUCAAAGGAAUACUGUCUUGUUUAUACUUUCUGCACAUUUUCUCUACUGAUUGUUUUGAAUUAUUUACAUUUUAACUUGUGAGAAAUUAAUAUUUAGCAUUAUCAUUUUUAGCAUUUUAGAGGUCCUAUAGAAACAGUAAAAGUCUUUCAUUCUCAGAGAUUCAUACAUGUGGGUAUAUUUAAGUUUAUGAUUGCAUUUGCCAAAAGUUACCUGUGUAAUCUGUUGCUUACAUUUUGGAAAUAAAAUUUUACAUUUUGCAAA